AUGGCUGAUAUCAGACAAGCAAAAAUGUUUGAUAUACCAGCGAUUCAAGCUUUGGAAUUCCAAUGUUUCCCAGAGGAAGACCCUUGGGAUUAUUUUCUCUAUGAAGAAUAUUUAUUUUUUUGGCCACAACUUGUUUAUGUCGCAGAAGACCAUAAUACUGGUUGUGUUGUUGGAUAUGUUGUUGCUCAGACGGAAGGACAAGGUAUUGAAAGUCAUGGUUAUAUUGCAAAUUUAGGUGUUCUUCCUACUCAUCGUAAACUAGGGAUUGCAGAGAAACUCAUGAAUUCUGCUCACAACGCGUUAGUGCACGAGUAUGAGUGUGAUUAUGUUUCUCUUCACGUUCGUACAAAAGACCAUGGUACUGGUUGUAUUGUUGGAUUUGUUUUUGGUGAAAUGGAAGGAGAAGGUACUGAAACUCAUGGUUAUAUUGCAAAUUUAGGUGUUCUUCCUAGUCACCGUAAAUCAAGGAUUGCUAAGAAAUUGAUGGAUGCUGCUCAGAACGCGUUAAUACAAGAAUAUGGGUCUGAAUAUGUGUCUCUUCAUGUUCGUAAAAGUAAUCAAGCUUCAAUUAAUCUUUAUUCUGAAAAAUUAGGAUAUAAUUAUGAGAUUGCAGCUAAUUUUUAUGAAAACGGGGAAGAUGCUUAUGUUAUGCAGAAACAACUACAAGAAAAACAAACAGAUAUCCUGGGCACACACAGUACUGAUAGCGGUGACCGCCAUAAAUCAUCUGUUGUUGACUUGUUAUGGCAAGCAUUAUCCAAAAAAUCAUAA